CGAUGAAUUUCUCGCUAAUUGCUUAACUAUUUUCUUCGAGAUAGAGUAUGUUAUUGGUAUGGAUGAGGAAUCCAUGAUUUGAUGAAUUCGCUAAAUUAAAAGACCGUCAUGUGCAAUUGAUAUUGUAAUGAAAACUAUAGUCAUUAUUUAUUUUUUGUUUACGAUAUCUAAUUUUCUAUUCAAAUUCGGCCCAACGCUCUACUAUGUUCUGGAUCCGCCGCUGCUAGAGUGGUAAAGUAUGGUGAUUUUUUGUCCUGUAUUUUUUCACCUAGAAAUUUGUAGAUCUAAUAGAUCAUGAUGAACUCGUUUCUUCUGAAGAAAUAUUUUCAAAAACAACUUAACAACAAAGACGUUAUCAUAUGGUAUGGAGUUGGUAACGGGAGGUAUGAAACAAAUUUCUCAAAAAAUAUUAAAAAUUGAUCUCAUUUUGUAGAGCACAAUAAACUCGUUCCGUCUGUGCAAAAAAAAAAUCCGAAUUAGAACGGAGAAAAUAAGAGCCGACUAAAAAAACAAGAAAAAAUAAAAUAAUUUUAAUUCACAACCUUAAAUUUAAAUUUUCUGAUCCCACUUAAAUCUAAAUUACCAAUUUAAUUACUCAUAUGACUGUAUCUUCAGCCACAUAACCCUUUGCCCAACCAUAUCACUUGACUUGUCAUUAGGGAUGGCAAUAAAACCCGAACCCACGGGUACCCACCCGACCCAACCCGGUCAACGCGGGUAAAAUCCGUGUUGGCGGGUUUUGGGCCGGGUUUGGGUUUAAACCCGUUCACUAUUCACCGGGUUGGGUUGGGUUUGGGUUUAGGUAAACACGACCCAUGGGUACCCGCCCACACUCAUAUAAUUAAUUUUCUCGGUAGAUUUAAUAUUCUAAACAACUAAUCUUAUUUAUGUUUGUGGAGGCAUAUCUAAUUUUUUCGUUCUAAUUGUGUAGAAUGAAGUUGAUGUUAUUGAGUGGAGAAUGAAGAACUUAAUUGAAAGGAAGAAGUUUUCAAUUAAUCAUGUUAUUUAUGGAUAAUUUGUGAUUGACUUCAAUUUUCUUGAGUUUUCUAGAUUGGUGUUGAACAAUUCAAUUUGUAUAGUUAAUUUGUGAUUUGCUCGAAUUUUUUAGAAUGGUGUUUUAUAUAUAAAUAAUUUGUAUUGAGAUUGAUAUUUGACUUUAAUUUUGAUAAAACUUGUUAUUGUAAAUUUUUUACGACAAAAACCCGUGGGUACCCAUGAACCCGCAGAUACCCAACGGGUUGGGUUGGGUUUGAGUUUUUCAAACCCAGUAAAUUUUACCGCGGGUUUUUUUCAUGAAUAAACCCAUGGAUUUGGGUUUGAGUUUGGCAAAAUCCGACCCAACCAGACCCAUUGCCAUCCCUACUUGUCAUUGCUAAAUCAUAGUCCAGGUCGGGCCCGGUAGGCGGUAGGAACGGACAUAAAUCAGCAAACAAAGAGACCCAGUAAAUCAUGGACCUAGAUAAAUUGGCCCAACUAACAGCCCGCAAGCCCAGUAGGGUUAAGGAUAAAUAUGCGGCGCCAGAAUCCAGAACCCGCCGCCACGUGUACUAUAUCAUCAAAUCUAUCAGCUAUUAAUACGCAGGACCACGCUACACUACAGUGCUCCAUUCUUUGCGUCACUUCUUCCGUCAGUCUCAGACAGUUACCAAAUCAAAUCUCUCUCCCAAAACCCUAGCUCCCCAAAAUCCACAACCAGAUCUAAACCUUUCCCGCCCGCCAUUACCGCUUCUUACCUUCUCCCAUGAAUAGCCGCGGCGGAGCAGGAAGAGGCGGCGGAGGAGGCAGGGGUCGAUUCCGGGGAUCGUCUCGAUUUGACGGCGGUGGAGGAAGGCAAGGGAGCCAUCCGCCGUCGAGGCACCUUUGGGUUGGGAAUCUAUCUCACAACAUAGAGGAAUACGACCUGACGCGGCAUUUUCUGGAGUUCGGCGAUCUCGACAAAGUUUCGUUCCAUCCUGGCCGGAGCUACGCCUUCAUCAACUUCAAGAACGACGAGGACGCGAUCGCUGCGUACAAAGUUCUCCAGGGGUUCCCCGUCGACGGUCUCCCUCUUAGGAUUGAGUUUGCCAAGGCGGACAAGCCAUCGUCAUCAUCACGUGAUGAAGAUCACGAGCAACUAAGUCCCAGUGAAGUCCUAUGGAUAAGCUUCCCAGCUGUGCUCAAAGUCGACGAAGCGAUCCUGAGAAAGGCCUUCUCCCAAUUUGGUGAGAUAGAGAGGAUCACAGUAAUCCCAGGUCGUAGCUAUGCAUUCGUACAGUUUAGAGCCUUGUCAUCAGCUUGCAGGGCUAAAGAGACUCUCCAGGGGAAGCUGUUCGGUAACCCACGCGUUCAUAUCAGUUAUGCCAGGAAUGAAGGGCGGCCGAGAUCCCCUCGCCUAGUUGGAGAUUCUUCUGAUGGUGGUGGCGGGAGGUAUGAUUUUGUUGGUGGAGGAAAGAGUAGUCAGUUUGACAGCUGGCGGUUCGAAGAGGAGCUAGGACCCCCACCAAAUGUGUAUGAAAGGCGUGGUGGGGCCCUUAGGGGAGUUGGUCGAAAGAGUUCAUUGUUAUACGAAGAGGAACAGUGGGAUUUGCCUGCCGAAGAAGAUUCUUUGUAUCCCAGUAACAAGAAGCUGAAGACAGGAUCUUUCGAACAUGAGCUUCCUGACCACCAUCCUUACUCUGACCAAGAAAGUCGACGUGCACCUCAAGGGGGAUUUGCUGAUUUUCCCUACCAGCCAGAAGGUCGUGGGAGGAAUGUGGAUCGCUGGAAGGGAUCUUAUGAGGAUAUUCAGCAGAGCCCGGCAGGAGAACCUUUGUUGCAUGUUCCUGUAGAGAGGAAAAGGUUUGGUGGUUCAUCUGAACCUGUAGUACCAAAGCCUUCAUUGAAGUUGUGGCAAUGGGAAGGGGCGAUAGCGAAGGGAGGGAGUCUGGUUUGUCAAGCUCGUGCUUUUCCCGUGGGGAAAUCUAUGGAGAUCAUGUUGCCAGGAUACUUGGACUGCACAGCGAGAACAAGCCUCGACAUGCUUUCAAAACACUACGACCAGGCAGCUUCAGCUUGGGUCAUCUUCUUCGUCCCAGCAAGCGAUGCUGACAUGGGACACUACAACGAGUUCAUGCACUACCUCGGCGAAAAGCAACGAGCAGCAGUCGCGAAACUUGAUGAAAGAACCACUUUGUUCCUUGUGCCACCAUCCGAGUUCUCAGAGAAAGUGCUGAAAGUUCCAGGAGACAUGAGCAUUUCUGGCGUCGUCCUAAGAUUGGAGCCUCAGGUUUCGAACUCGGUGGUGCGCCCACCUCAUGAACCGAACUUGCACUUCCAAGGGGAUGCUCAUAUGCCUUACAAAGCAGCACCUCUUCCCCAGAAGGAUUCUUUAGGAAUGCCGCCAGUUGGAUUCUCGGGUUCUGUUCAUCCAUCUCAUGGGGGGAGUAUGUCGAAUGCAUACGCUGAUCAUAGGAAUGAAUAUCUUACUCCUCCCCAGCCACGUAAUAGAAUUGACAUGUCGCCGCAGCAGGCAUCUGGUGCUGGAAAUGAUCUGGUGUAUCAUCAUGAUCCUCACCACCAAGGAGCAUUGCCUGGAAAUAGCUCAGGCCAUUAUGCAGGUGGAAGAUCAAACAUGUCCAUUCAGCAGCAGCCAACACCACAUUCAGUUCCUUCAUCCCUCGGUGCUGCAGGCCUCCAGCCACAGCAGUUGGCGCAGUUAGUAUCUUCACUUCUCGGGCAGCAGGGCCAGCUGGGAGGGAACAAUCCGGACCCAUCAAUUGCCGAUGAUCCAAGGAAGGGUAGCUCGUUGGCGGCACAAACACAUGACUUGCACAACAAUAACCAGCAGAAUUAUGAGCCAUCUUCUCAGUAUGGUCAACUUCAGCAUCUGCAGCAGCAAACUGCGAAUGUGCUGACAGCAAUGAAUAGAGACACGCAGUCGACGGCAGUGGGGCAGAUGAAUCCUCCGUCAGGGGUUCAAGGUGGUACUGCCGGUUCACAAGGUGGUGCCGGCGAUGUUAAAAAGCUCGAGGCAACAUUAGAACUUGCAGCAACUCUUCUUAAACAGCUUCAACAAGGGAAGGGGCCUUAGGGAGAUAACAGUUUAUAACAUCCUUUUAUGUUAUGGUCUGAAAAAGGUUUAGUAGCAUGUUUGAACAGAAAAGAAAACACUUUCAUCCUUUAGUGUCCAUGGUUGGUUUUGAUUCUCUUAUGGUGCAGUUACACUUCAACACCCUUCAAGUUUCUUCUUUGGCCAACGAGCAGAGUGGGUCCACACAUGUGGUUAACUCGAAAUUUUAAACGGAUCAAAAGCACAAGAAAAAUAGGAUCCAAACGAAACUGGUUUCUGAGUUUUUCAGCAUUUUGAUACUUCAAUGCUAGUUUAUAUCGACUGGAUCAAGCUCGCCAUUAUAAAAGAAUGAUUUGAAAGAAAAAAAAUGUAAAUUUAAGUGAGUUUAAAUUUUAACAAAAGAAAAUUAAUAGAACAUG